AUGGCUAUUCGUUCCUUGAUUUCAAAUAGGAGGCAAUUCUACAAGCUUAAUUCGUUCCUCAACAAAAACCAAAGAGAUGUGCCUAAGGGGCAUGUGGCAGUUUAUGUGGGAGAAGUUGAGAGGAGAAGGUAUGUGGUGCCAUUAGCGUACCUGAACCACCCUUCGUUUCAAGCGCUGCUGAGACGGGCUGAGGAUGAGUUCGGCUUCAACCACCCCAUGGGAGGUCUCACCAUCCCCUGCAGCGAGAACGCGUUCGUUGAAGUAACUUCGAGAAUGCAGCAGCUAUGGCAUGCAUGA